GCCAGGGUUCGUCAGUGUACCGGCAGACACCGCCGGGGAGAUAAGUGUGUUUUGGUCUGGGCAUCGCCAUGUCGAGGGUAGCUAAACGGUUCUAUCGGGUUGACAGCCUCCAUGCCUUGGAUAAUCUGGACCGAGGGGAGUCUGCCUCCGAAGAGAAUAGAUGGGUGUUUGAAAUCAGUCACGAAGCCGCCAAUAAAGUUGGCGGCAUAUACCAGGUUAUCAGGAGCAAAUGUGGCGCUUCGGUGGAAGAACUCGGGGAUCAGUACAUCCUGCUGGGGCCUUACAAGGAGACCAGUGUGAGGACUGAGGUGGAGCUGGGAGACUUUCCAUCCCACUCGCCCCUCACUGCGGCGGUGAACAACCUUAGAGCGGAGGGCUGGCGGGUACAUCCGGGACGAUGGUUAGUGGACGGCAGCCCCCAGAUAAUUCUUUUCGACAUCAGCUCUGCCUCCGGCUGUCUUGACGAGUAUAAACAUGAACUGUACAAUAACACGAAGAUCGGAAUUCCUACUGGCGACAUUGAGUGCAAUGACGCGGUGCUCUUCGGCGUCAUGGUGGCCAGGUUUAUUAAGGAGUUCCGAGCGGAAGUGGUGAAUUUCAGCGAUGCCAAGCCGCGGGUGUGUGCACACUUCCACGAGUGGCUGGCAGGCGUGGGGCUCAUCACGCUGAGGAUGAGGAACGUUGAUGUCUCUACUGUCUUUACCACUCACGCUACCCUCCUCGGCAGGUUUCUCUGUGCUGGCGCUGUGGACUUCUACAAUAAUUUAGAUAAGUUUAAUAUAGAUGAAGAGGCAGGGAGGAGAGGCAUCUACCACAGGUACUGCAUGGAGAGGUGUGCUGCGCACCUGGCACACACCUUCACCACUGUCUCUGAGAUCACUGGCAUAGAGGCAGAGCAUCUCCUUAAGCGCAAACCAGACAUCAUCACUCCCAAUGGCCUCAAUGUUAAAAAGUUUUCUGCCCUUCACGAGUUCCAAAAUCUUCAUGCCCUGUCGAAAGAAAAGAUCAACGACUUCAUAAGAGGACAUUUCUAUGGGUUCAUGGACUUUGAUCUGGACAACACUCUCUACUUCUUCAUUGCUGGCCGUUAUGAGUUUGGCAACAAGGGUGCAGACAUCUACAUUGAGGCGCUGGCCAGACUGAACCACUACAUGAAGGCCAGUGGAACAAAUAAGACUGUGAUUGCAUUCAUGAUUUUCCCGGCCAAGACCAACAACUUCAACAUCGAAUCUCUGAGAGGUCAGGCUGUCACCAAGUCCUUAAGAGACACCAUACACGACAUCCAGGCCAAGAUUGGGAAGCGCAUGUAUGAAAUAUGCCUGACUGGUCGUCUUCCUGAUGCUGAGGAGCUUUUACUCAAGGAAGAGACAGUCAGAUUGAAGCGGUGCAUCUUUGCCGCACAGAGGAAGAGCCUGCCACCCAUCACCACCCAUAACGUAUGUGAUGAUAAAGUGGACCCUGUGCUCAAUGCCCUGCGAAGAUGUAAACUGUUCAAUGACCCUCAUGACAGAGUCAAGGUAAUAUUCCAUCCUGAGUUCCUAUCUGUAACUAACCCUCUGUUUGGAAUGGACUAUGAGGAAUUUGUGAGAGGCUGUCACUUGGGUGUGUUCCCCUCUUACUAUGAGCCAUGGGGAUACACGCCUGCUGAAUGCACUGUGAUGGGUAUUCCCUCAGUCACUACUAAUUUGUCUGGUUUUGGAUGUUUCAUGGCAGAACACAUAGCAGAUCCCAUGAGUUACGGUAUCUAUAUCAUUGACCGACGCUACAUUGGCCUUGAGGAAUCUGUCAGACAACUUGCUCAGAACCUAUUUGAAUUUGUGCAGCUGAACCGUCGUCAGAGAAUUAUUCAGAGGAACAGGACAGAGAGACUCUCAGAACUACUGGACUGGAAGAUCCUUGGCACUUACUAUCGCCAGGCUCGGCAACACUCCCUUGGCGUCAUGUACCCUGAACUGGCUCCAGAGCAGGAAGCUGCCGGUGCAGGUCGCCUCAAUUACCCUCGUCCCCUUUCAGAGCCUCCCUCACCUACCUCUUCUCGAGCCACCACCCCAGCACCCUCAGAGGUGGGCUCUGAUGACGAGGACAGCAUCGAUAGUGAGGCAGAGCUGGAGGAGCUUGGGGUUGCCAGUGCUAAUGGCAGCACUGUCAGCAGCAGGUAGAGCACUUCAAAGUUCUCUAAGAGUGAACAUAAAGUUUCAGGAGUGCUACAACAUCAGACCAAUGGGAGUUUGUGAGACAGAAGAGUUCAAUGUUUUUUCAUGGAAGAAGAAAAAAAAAAAAAGAUGGUUGUUGAUUGCAAUAUUCUGAAAGCUUGGUUGUAAUCUUGUUUAAAUUGUAUGCAUGUUUGUACUAGUAUUAUGAGUUACAUUCUGUGACAUUGUGGUGGACAAAGUUGAGGCUGUACCCAAAAUGUUUUUUAUAGAGUGAUUCCAAUCCUAAAAGAAGGAUAGUAAUUUAAUGAUUAGCUGGUUUGAUUUUGCUCUCUGAUUUGCCAAACUACAGAGUGAUUUAGAUAUUCAGUUUCAACAAAUUUUUGGUGAUCUACUUGACAAUGGGGGCUGUUUGUGUCUGAUGCUGACUUUAUGUAGGUAAUACCUCAUAUGCAAGGAGAGAGAGAGAGAGAGAGAGAGAGAGAGAGAGAGAGAGAGAGAGAGAGAGAGAGAGAGAGAGAGAGAGAGAGAGAGAGAGAGAGAGAGAGAUAAUUGCACUUGAAAGUACUAUAGAACAUAUGUGCUAUUUCAUGCCUGAGGGAAGUUUGGAAUUUGUAUUUGAAGACAGUUAUCAUUCAGUCAUCCAAGGUGGCAGAUCUUUAAUGAUGUAAGCCAUUGACUGUUUGCACUAAAUACUUUAGUAUAAAAAUAAAUAGAGAAAAGCUUGAACUUUUAUAUCUACAGAAGAAUUCAAAUAUGGGAUGAAAAAUGUGGAGGAUGUGUAUGUGUUAAUAUAUUUAGGGAGUUUGGUUUUAUUUGUUAAAAGAAAGGAUUAAAAUAAUUCAAAUUUGUAUUGUAUUUUAGCAAAGUGAGAGCAAAAAACUACAUAUUAUGGGUUGUUUAUGUUAAGCUUAUUCAUGUGUUUUGUUCCUCCACUUAUAAAUUGACAACUUUCUCCUAAAAUAAAUAGAGAAAAGUCUAAAUGUAUUGCAGUAAAGUGAGUUACAUGUUUGUUCAGUAUAUUGAAGAAAACAAGAUUAAGCUGCUUACUCUCAACAUCUAGGGAAGGAAAUGCUUGAUGGACUGACAUUUUUCCCUCACUUGUUUGCCAUUGUUGUGUAGUCAAGUAAGAAGUAUGUUGGUAGUCUUUAUCACAGCACUUAACGAUGUGGUACACCAGGCCACUUAGGGUGUAGAUAGUAAAUACAUAUAUAAAGUUACUUUGAAACAACUGUGUAAUAAUGCAAUAUUUCUUGUGACAUUGAACAAGAUGAAUAUUUAUUUGCAUCAGUGCCUCUUCUCUACUGGCUUAUGGAAUUCAUGUAUUUUUACAGUUUUCUCCUCUGUAUCUGUGAAAUACUUGAUCUUGGUGACAUUAUUGUUGAAAUAUGUUAUGUUAACUACUACUUACUUCUAAAACACACACACACACACACACACACACACACACACACACACACACACACACACACACACACACACACACACACACACACACACACACACAGUAAUUAUUUCUUAUUAAAUAUGAUAAAUUAAUAGAAAAUUAUAACACCCUUUAGUUUACAUUGUUGUGUUAAGAUUAUUAAGAUGCUAUAAUAUAAAAUUUUCAUUUGAUAAUGAAUAUCAAAUUCCCUGCCAUCAUGAGCAAUUUCUAUAUUGUUAACCUGUUGUUUUCCUUAAGAAAGAGGGUUUAUAUGUGUAUAGAGACUAGAGAAAAUGAGCUAAAUGUAUUUAGCACAUGUCUCCCUUAUCAAAUUUACAAAAAGCACUUCAGAAUAUUGGAAGAGUGCUGUUAUAAAUCUUACAUAUGCAUGGCAGCACUAUAUCUGAAUUUAAUAAUUUAAGUACAAGUUCAUUAAAACAUUAUAAGGUGACAGUUUUCUUGACCAAGGAUUUUUUAUAUAUCUUUGUAUAAGGAAGUUGCAAUGACAAAUUUGGUUUCUCUAAGAGUUAUUUCCUAUACACUCCUGCCUUGAGUCAACACAUCACCUAAUGGUCAUUGAGAGAUUGUGUUACCAACUUUUCAUAAGUAAUUAAUGAAGAGCUUAUAAGAGAAUAUCUGAAUCUUUUGUCAUGGAAAUUGGAAACUAUGUAUGAAUCAUAACUAGGAGAAUAUAUAAUAUAUACAAUGUGCCAACUCAGUCAGCACUAUCUUAUAUUGCUGUUAUUUUUAGUUUUUAGCAGCCAUCCCAUACCAAAAUAUAUUUUGAUAUUAGUUACCAUUAUAUUUAUUGAAACACUACACUAGUACAAACUCCAGGCAGCACAAACAACCAUAAUGCACACAACUUUGUAGUGACUGAUCAAAAUAUGAUAGGUGUCAGUAUUAUAGUGAACUGGUAAAAAAUCUUAUGGAAUAUUGAAAAGAAAUUCACUCUAUUUUUAGAUUGAGAUGAGCCAAUGUCAAUUUUUAGACUUCAUAAAACUCAAGGUGCCAUAAAACAGUGUUGAUGGUUCACAUUAUGUGCCAUCAAGGAGUGUGCUUUGUGAAGUACACUUGGUUCUGGUUAGUUACUGAACUGUAUGAAUCUUUAGUGGUUUCUGGCACUUUUAGGUUUAGAAUAUUUUCUCAUUAUUUAACAAAUAUGAGUUUCCUAAUUUUUGGAAAAAUAGUAUGAUUAGGUUGACAUAAAUUUAGUGAUUGUAUAUUUGGUUUGCCUAGUUUGUAAAAAAAUAUGCUUGUAUAAGGGAUUCACUCAAAUUUUUUUUAUAUAUGCAUAUACACAUUACCACAAUAUUGCAAUGUAUGCAUCUCUAUCUGAACUUGUUUGCAAUCAAGCAUGUUAAAGAAUUUUAAUUUCUUCCUGAGUUAUGUUAUUUGCCAUUGUGUUUGUUCACAUAACAGUACAGCCACACUGCAUAUGAUUUGUUGAGAGAGUAGAAGGUAGUGGGAUGCCUUGUGAGUCAGAAGCAAAAACAAACAUGUGCUAUCUUGUAUAAGUGGCCAUACCAGACAUGGGUAUCAGGUAAGCUUGCAUCUCGUAUGAUCACUCAAAUUCAAUGCCAUACGUUUGUUCUCCCAGCAAGUCACAUGCAAUGUGUCUGUACCCUAAUGGCAUACUAUCAUCUUUAUGUACAAGUGCUCAACAUCACAAGACUGGCAAUGAGUGGAGUUACAGAAUGAAGUGCUUGACAGGCUGGUAUUGUGAAGAAGUUAUGUAGUGCAAACAUGGUGUGACUGAUUCUCGAAGUGUGUUUGUGGAGGGUGAAUGAUACAUGAACUAAGCAGGUAAUUUCCUCAUUUUCAAGGACAGUUGCCAUUACCAUUUUAUCAUUACUUUAUAUCAGACUGUCCUUUUGUAAUUCCUUCUGUGACACUGAAAAGCCUGAACAAAAAAUAUCAGCAUUUUGUAAUAUACAGCUGAUAUGUCUAGUCUCACAAUUUGACAAAACUUUGUGGUAGUGGAAGCACUGCAGUUCAAUGAUUAUUCAACCACAUCAGUUCCUUCACCUGUCAUGGUUCAUGCAUUUGCCAGUAGUCCACGAGUCCAUUGUUAUGUUGUAAGUCUGUAGCAUACUGUGUAUAUAAAUGUUACUUCUGUGAUUAUGGUUGUCAAAUCAAUCAGCAGAUGAUAAAAAAAAUAAUUCUAAAUGAGUUUUA